GAAAAUGUACGUCCCUGUUUCUCUCUCUAUCUCACAUAUUAAAAGCAAAAAGAACGAACAAUAACUUCAAUUUUACACACACCCGACGACACCAUAACAUCAAUAUCCUCCUCUCUCAUGUCAUCUCUUUUCUCUUAUAGCGCUUCCUCUAUUUAAUAACAAAUAAAAGAGAGAAGCAGCUCUCAAUCCACCACCACCCACGACGGCGCUGCCUCUUCCUCCUCCGCAAUGAAGAAGAACGUGGUGGAGAAACAACAACACCGUCCUCAAAUAUCCACCACCACCACCAAGCUUCCCAAUUCCCUCAUCCAAUUCAAUGAUAUUGUUUUCUAUUUCAUUCUCUUUGGUUUAGGGUUGGGGUUAGGGAUCACUCUCAGUUUCUUCUAUCUCAAAGAUGGUUCCAUGGAUUUCCAACUCUACCAACUAUCCGUUUUCCGUGCAUCCGACAUUCGUCCGCCGCCACCACCACCAACUCUUCCAUCGGGUGGUGUUAUUGAACUGCCUUCCCCUCUUUCUGUAUCAUCACCACCCAUCAAAGAAACUCGAAAAGAGAAGAGGAAUUAUAUAAAAGAAUUUUUUGAACCGCCGGCGACUAGGCAUAAUAUGACGGAUGAGGAGUUGUUUUGGAGGGCAUCAUUGGUUCCUAAAAUCCCAAAAUACCCAAUCCAACGAACACCCAAAAUUGCAUUCAUGUUCUUGACGAGAGGAAAAGUGUUAUUAGCUCCACUUUGGGAGAAAUUCUUUCGUGGACAUGAAGGCUUUUACUCCAUUUACGUCCAUUCUGAUCCUUCUUUCGUUCAAACUAUGCCCAAGUCUUCGGUGUUUUACGAUCGCUGGAUUCCUAGUAAGAUAGCAAGAUGGGGAGAAAUGAAUAUGGUGGAAGCAGAACGACGUUUAUUAGCAAACGCAUUGAUGGAUAUAUCCAACGAACGUUUUGUUCUUCUCUCGGAAUCAUGCAUUCCUCUCUUCAAUUUCUCAACCGUUUAUGACUAUCUUAUCAACUCCACCAAAUCCUUUGUGGAGUCGUAUGAUUUACCAGGUCCUGUUGGCCGUGGUAGAUACAGUAAAAUGAUGUCCCCUCUGAUUACUCUCGAACAAUGGCGAAAGGGAUCUCAAUGGUUCGAGGUCGAUCGGUUCCUAGCCAUCGAGGUAAUCACCGACCAAACAUAUUAUCCGGUUUUUUGGCAAUAUUGCAAAAACGAUUGCUAUGGCGACGAGCAUUACUUGCCGACAUUUGUAGACAUGAAUUUCCCGACGAGGAAUGCGUAUAAAACAUUGACAUAUGUGGAUUGGUCGAAGGGAGGACCUCAUCCCAAUAGGUUUCGUAGAGAAGAAGUGACCGAAGAGUUCUUGAAGAAACUAAGAACUUCCUCACAGUGCUAUUACAAUGAAAGAAUAGUCAAUGUUUGCCACUUAUUUGCUAGGAAGUUUUCACCAAAUUCUUUAGACAAGUUGUUGAGAUUUGCUCCAAUUGUCAUGAACUUUUAG